AUGACGCACACUGCUGGACCGGUCGGCAAAGGUGACUUUCCAGUCUUCGCCGUCAUCGCCGUGAUCUCGCUGGCAGCUCUGGCCGCAGCCGAACCACCAUCGCCGCGCAGCAACUACCUGCCUCCGAACCAGCAACAGAGUGGCUUCAAUGGGAAUAACGGUUACAACUAUAACACAAACAAUAACGGCUACAACUACCCCUCAGCCCCAUCCUCGCAGUACGGAGCCCCGUCGGGUGCGGGUUCCAACGACGGAUACAACUAUGCUGAUGCCAACGCCGAACCAGCCAAGUAUUCCUUCGAAUACAAAGUCGAAGACUACCAAUCGGGCAAUGACUUCGGACACAUGGAAUCGCGCGAUGGAGACCGCACCGUCGGACGGUACUAUGUCCUCUUGCCCGAUGGUCGCAAGCAAGUUGUGAAUUACGAAGCUGACCAGAAUGGAUACCGCCCAACCAUCACCUACGAAGACACCGGAGCUGGCCAGAGCGGAGCCGGUGGUUACCCAAACAGCCAAGGUGGUUUCCAAGGAUAUUAA